AUGGCCAAUGGAGAAGCGCCUUCCUCCAACGGCUACAUGCAAGCGGCCGCCGCUCCUCCCGCUCCCCGACCCAAGCUCCCUGCGUCCACCCCCUCCGCAUCGGCUAAAGCGCAGCUUUCUUCCGCGAAGCCGCAACCCGUUCCCGCCAAAGCGCAGCCUGCUUCCGCCAAAACGCAACCUGCUUCCGCCAAAGCGCAACCUGCCUCCGCUAAACCGCAGCCUGCAUCGAGCAAGGCGCAAGCCUCGCCCGCCGCCAUCUCAGCCGCCGUUGCCGCCGCUGCCGCCGCUUGCGCCAGUGCCAGCGCCGCUGCAGCGUCGCCGGAAGCCGCAAGCGCACCACCCGCAGCGCCGUCUGCCGCCGCAUUCCCUGAGGCACCUCGAGAAUCUCCUUCCGUCGCCGCCGUUUCCGAAGCGCCUCAAAGAUCGCCGUCAGCAGCAGAAGCCGCUGCUGCAACGGCAACACCGACGCGGGCGGCGACGCCAUCGCCGCCGCCGCCACCGCCGCUGGCUCUUCCCGCGCCGCCGUCGUCUCCUCCGCCGCUGCACGUGCAGCUUCAGCUGCUGCACUUCCCGUACUUGUCGGAAGCAUGGACGGCUGAGGAGCAACGGCUGCUGGAUCAAGGGCUCGCAAGGUUCCCCGCGGAUCAGUUUCCCCCCGCGCAGCGCUACCUCAAGAUCGCAGCAACCCUCCCGGAGAAGACCGCCCGGGACGUGGCUCUGCGCUGCAAAUGGCUGCAGAGGAAGGAGGCGGGCAAGAGGCGGAGGGCGGAGGAGAUCACAGCAGCCAAGAAGCCAAACGCCAAAACGGCAAGCGGACCACUUUCCCCACUCUCCCCCUCUCUCCGACCCCCUCUGUAUCGUCUGCUCUCUUGCCCCUCGACCGGGGAAGGUGCUGGGGCGCGAGGGGCAGGGGGAGGCGCAUCUGGUGCGGGUGUAUCUGGGGCAGGAGCAGGGGGUGGUGGUGGUGAUGGGUGUGGUCCUGCUGACACGCAUACAGAUGGUGCUGACAACAGCGGCAGCUUGCUAUCCGGGGACCUGUCACCCGACAAGCUACUCGAACAAAACGUGGAGCUCAUUGCCCAAGUCAAGGCGACACUGGCGGCAAACAAGUCGCAGGAGUGCAACGGCCUCUUGAUUCGGCUGAGAGACAACAUCCUCUCGGUUGUUCAUGGGUGA